UUCAAAAUUUUCUUUCGUACAUACAACAGACCUGAAAAACUAUAUACUGAAUCACACGAAUUGAAAUUAGAAUUUAAUAAACCGUAAUUCAUUGAUAUGUAUUAAUGAAAUUAAUAAUACACUGAAACAAACUAUUCCUUAAUCUAAAACUUUUGACCAAUCAGAAAGCUUUUUACAUGUCACUAAACUUAAUGGAUCUUAGCAGUUUGAAAGCAGACUGAAAAUGGGUCUGGAUCAUGAAUAAAUGGAGAGAAAAACUCAGAGGGUAGUUCGUUCCCCCUCGUUGAAGAGGAGGAGUCGUGUUAUCCCAUUAAAUCAGCGUGUUCAACUUGAGCGUGUUAUUGGACUUACAGGAAGUUCUAAUGCUACCCUUGAUUGUGAUAUUAACACAGGAACUAUAGCCUAUCCUGCAGGAUGUGUGGUAGUGCUGUUAAAUGGAAAGAAACAAUCACAUAUAAUAAACUCUUGUAAGAAGACCAUCACAGCUGUAAAGUUCUCUAAAGAUGGCAAAAAUAUUGUCACAGGGGAGUGUGGUCAUCAGCCUGCAGUACGUGUAUGGGAUGUGGAAGAAAAAAUACAAGUGGCCGAAUUCUAUGGACACAAGUUUGGCAUUAACUGUGUGGCAUUUUCUCCAAAUAACAAAUACAUAGUGUCAAUAGGAUCUCAGCAUGAUAUGAUGGCCGCAGUUUGGAACUGGAAAACUGGCAAUAAAGUGGCAACAAACAAAAUAUCUAAUAAAGUUAGUGCUGUAGCCUUCUCAGAAGAUGGUUCCAUGUUUGUUACAGUGGGUAAUAGACAUGUAAAAUUCUGGUACCUGGCGAGUAGUAAAUCUAAGAUAUUAAACGAGACGGUUCCAUUAUCUGGCAGGUCAGGCAUCUUAGGAGAAUUAAAGAAUAAUUUCUUUACUGAUGUUGUUUGUGGGAAGAACAAAUCAGUUUUCUGUAUAACACAGUCUGGUUAUUUAUGUAACUUUAAUGAAAAAAGAUUGCUGGAGAAAUGGGCAGAACUUAGGACAACCUGUGCUAAUUGUGUGACGGCUGCUGCUGACUUUAUAUUUAUUGGUUGUGCCAACGGUGUUGUGAGAGUAUUUAGUGCCCAGAAUCUACAUUAUAUAGCCAAUCUACCACAUCCUCAUUAUUUAGGUGUAGAUGUCGCAUCAGCUCUUAAUCCAAGUCAAAUGGUUAGCCAGAAGAAGGAUGCUAAGUAUCCUGAUACCAUUGGAAUAAUAUAUGAUGAUUGGAAUAAAAAGGUGACCUGUAUAUAUAAUGAUCAUAGUAUGUAUAUAUGGGAUGUCCAUGACGUGAAGAAGAUUGGGAAGUCCAGAAGUUUUUUGUUCCAUAGUUCUUUCAUUUACAGUUUAGAGACAAGUCUGCCUAUUACAGAAGAUCAGAAACAGAUUCUCCCUCCAGGAUCAUUUAUAACAUGUUCUAGUGAUGAUACAGUCAGGAUCUGGAAUCUAGACCCUCAUAUGAAAGAUAUGAACAUUUAUAAAAGGAAUAUAUUUUCACAGGAAUUGCUGAAAGUUAUAUAUACAGAUCCAUCAUUGAAUUACUUGAGAGAUGUGAAUUACAAUCCAGCUGGAGGUACUGAUAAAACAGAUACCAAUUAUGAUGAUAAGAAUGGCAUUAGAUCUUUGUGUAUCAGUCCUGAUUCUAAACACUUAGCUUCUGGCGACAGAAUUGGUAAUAUAAGAAUACAUGAUUUAGAAACCAUGCAAGAGGUAGCUACAAUAGAGGCCCAUGACCAGGAAGUCUUAUGUCUACAGUAUAGUAACUUUAAAUUAGGUCCAAAGUUGUUGGCCACAAGCAGUAGGGACAGAAUGUUACAUGUAUUUGAUGUAGAACAGAAUUAUAAACUGUUACAAACUCUAGAUGACCAUUCAUCAUCUAUAACGGCUGUCAGAUUUACUCAGACGGAGAAACAAUUAAAGAUGCUCAGUUGUGGAGCAGACAAAUCAUUACUCUUUAGAAAUGCUCAAAUGGAUCCAGACCUACAGUUCACUUUAGACCAACAUCUUGUGGGUAAAACUACAAUCUAUGAUAUGGUUAUAGACCCAACAGAGAAGUUUGCUGCUACAGCCUGCCAGGAUAGGAAUAUAAGGAUAUAUUCAAUAAAGACCUCCAAACAGAGGAAGAAUUACAAAGGAACCAUUGGAGAUGAUGGUGUCCUAAUGAAGUUAUCAUUAGAUCCCUCAGGAACUUAUUUUGCCACUAGUUGUACCGUGGAUAAGAGUAUCACCAUUAUUGACUAUGCCACGGGAGAAAUCCAAGCCUCCAUGAUCGGACAUGCAGAAACUAUCAGCAGUAUAAAGUUCACCAACAAUCUCAAACAUCUGAUUUCUGUAUCAGCUGAUGGGUGUAUAUUUGUAUGGAGAUUACCGCCAGAGAUGACCAACAUGAUGCAGAACAGAUUACAGGACCUGGGUAACAUGUAUCAGGAGGCUGAAGUAACAACUAACAACAAUAAUAAUGAAACUGCUAAACCAAGUGUACCUGUGCCAGGAGAUUCAGAGUUUAAAACUCCAAGUAAGAUAUUAGCUGAGCUAAAUGAAUACAACCAAAAGCAGCAGCAGCAACCUACCAAACAACAUCCAGAACAACAGAAAGCUAAAGCUCCAUUAGACUACAGAUUUAGUAUAGGACAAUUACCUAAAUGGGCUAAAAACAAGUUUGGAAAUGAGAAAUCUAAAAGUCCUGAGCAGACAUCAGGUCAGCCAAAGGGAAGAUGGGCUGAGAGAUCAGAACAGAAAACUAUACUAGCACAGAUUGAUGGAAAGAAGGUGGAAAUUAAUACAAAAAUUGACCGAAACAUACGAAAAUUACCACCUGGUGAUGAUGAAGAGGAUGAUAUCCCCAACAUUAGGAGAGAGACCAUGGUUAUGUCACACCCAGAAAAUACUCCUAGGAAGAUACCAGUUAUAUUUGACGAUGAGAGUAACCAAGGUGAAGACGAUGAAGAUUUCUUCCCAUCAUUCCACAGGGAAGAUGACAGUCAUACCACAUGGGACGAGACAACCAUUGCAAGAAGUGACAGUAUGGAUGAAAUACAAGAUGGAGAUGUAAUAUAUCUACCUAGUGAAGAUACAUCCAGUACUAAUGAAAGUGCUUUCACAAUAUAUCCUGGAUUGGGAGAGAAUAGGAGACGAAGUCUGACUAACAAGAGUCAAGAUGCAGAAUCAGACAUGACAGAUCCUGUAUCAUUAGAAGACAUUGACAAUGAAAAUGAUAAUGAUUCAUUUCCUUCAAACCCAGUUACUCCCUCAGAUGAAGGAUUUCAGAAAACACAGAACAGGGAAAAGUUUAUGCAGGAUACCUUUGAAAACUUGGCAUUUUCUCCGAUCCCAAAAGACAGAUUUGAGAGAAGUUUGGAAGACUUGGAGAAACAGAAAGGAGAACAGCCAGAUCUCAGAAUGAGCUUAUCUGCAAGAUUUCAGUCUAAAAAUCCAAAGAGUAUGGCGGUACAACAGAAGUCCGACAAUUGGUAUGAUCACAUGUUAUCUGAACUAAAAGCCUUUAAGGAAACCUUUCAGAUAAAAAGGCCAAAGUCUUUUCAAAGAAGAAAAUCUGAAAUGGCUCGUACUGUUGAUGAAACCAGGAAGAAAAUUGAAGCUAUGGCAUGGAAGGAUGAAAGUCCAGAAUCAGAACAUGUGGAGAGUGCCCUGUCAUCACCUUGUCAUGAUUCAAAAGUGACCAAUAGCUUUUUGCCAAAGGAAGAGGACACUCAUAAACGAUCUCCAGCUUGGGAUAGAGAUUCAGAAACAGGAAGUGAAACGUCCAGCUCUGGGCGAAGCACGAAAUCUGACAAGAGGUCAUCAAGACCAUCUACCCUACGCUUAGGAAGAUCAGAAAGUUCUAAAACACUGAAUGAAACACCUAAGCGUGAACUGAGAUCUCAAUCACAAAGUGGACCCAGUACUCAUCGUUACAUGAAAAAGACUGAAAGUUCGAAAGCCAAAAUAAGCAAAACACCAUCAUCUUCAAAUAUUAUAAACACCCCUAAAAGUAUUGAAUUAUCUGAUAGUUCAGACACUUCAAAAUCAAAGGGACCAGUUGCCAAAAGGAGGAGUAAUUUUAUAAAGAAAAAAGGAUUUCAUGCAUCAUCCCCUAAUUUGAUGGAUAUUGAUGUGGAAUCAAGGGGGAGUAAAUCAAAUCUUUUGUCGUCUGCACGUCUAAAUUUGUCUAGUAGUACACCUGAUUUGUUAGAUAUAGACACGCCACCUUCAAGAUACUCUACAGGAACACCUAAACGACCUCCAAGGUCCUCAUCAUCCUCUCGUGGUGAAGGCAGUGUGUUGAAAGGUAGUGGCAGGUUGUCAUUGCCUGCUAAUCCACCAAAAGAAGCGGCAAAAUCAAAAUAUUCGAAAAAUGAUAAAGACUUAAUGCCACCUCCUCAAACAUUGCCAUCUAAAUUAAAAGAACAACCUAAAAAUGCAAAACAGGAUAUUUUCUUAAAAAGAGCAACUAUGGCUAAAAGACAGAACUCUAAUGAUUUGACUUUAGACCAGGCUAAAAGUAUACUCAUGGGCAAGUCUGGUAUAUUGGAAGAUAAAAAAUCAAAAGAAACUGAUGUUACUGCUGACAACAUUCGAAAGACUCGUUCUAACUCUAAAUUCCCUUCACAUUCCAAUUCUUCAACAUAUCCAGAAUUUUCCUCAAAUCAGGAUCAUUUAAGUGAUCCCAAAUUAGUGGGUAUAGCUACUGAAAUAGAAACAACAGUGUCAGAACUAAGGAGAAAGAGUAUAAUUGAUCAAGCUUUUCAGAAUUUAACCGAUUUAGAUGCUAGUCCUUAUGAAAUUCCAGAAAGGGAUAGUUCACCAAGACAAUUGAAAUUUAAUAAUUCUGCUGAUUCUCAAGACAAUAUUCCUGCUAAUUCUUCAUCCCAUUCCAAAGACAAUAGUGCUAUUAAUUCAUCAAAAGAUUCCAAUACAGGACUAUCGGAGGAGGACAUUUCUUUAGGUGUACGUGAACGUAUUGCCAUGUUAAAUGCUCAUUCUUCUCCUCGGUCUGAUGGUUCGUCUCCCAGAUGUUCUAGUCCACGGAUUACUAGUUCUACUAAAAUUAACCUAAAUUCUUCUACAAAACAUCAAACAAAAACAGUAUCUAACAGUCAUUCAGACUCAACAAAUUUGAGUCAGCCAGCAGGCUUAAAUCUGAGUCCACCUAAUUCGUCUGGAAUUGGUUCCAGUUUGGAUUCCGACACAGCAGCUAAGAUGUUUUCAUCAAGUGAAGCCCUUAGUCCACCUAGUUGUAGCGAUGAGAUCUCAGAUAAAACAGAAUCAACUAUUACCAUAUCAGAGAAAUCCAUUGACCUUGUAGAAAUCUUGAAAAAGGUUCAAGGUUUAGAAAAAAGGGUAACAUUUUUAGAAGAGGAGGGAGAAAAGAAAGAUGAAAGGAUUGGCCACUUAGAAGCUCAGAUAAGACAGUUUAUAGAUAAUUGAAACUGAAACAAGAAAUUCAACUUUUAAGGAUGCAACUGUCCAGGACCAGCACUGAUGAUGGUUGCCAUGGAAAAGAAAGAUGCCGAGAGAUUAUCACUAAAUAUAAAACGAGUUUAUACAGCAGAUACUAGUAUCAUAAAAAAAGACUUUUUGUAAAUCAAGGCAUUGAUUGUUUUAAAAGACUAUCAUAUACCUAGUCCUGAAAAUAUAAUAAUAUUUUUUAAAGUUAAUUCUGUAUCUGUCUGAUUCGUUUCCAAAAUACCAAUACUUAUUUGGAGAGAAAAUUAAAAUUAAAUGAUGAAUGAUUUUUGGAAAACCUUUUUUCAAUUUUGCUUUCAGUUUUUGGAGGUUGGUCAAACU